AUGCUCCUCCCUCUUUCAACGCUGCUGUGGCUCGCGCCGCUGCUCUUGCUCCUGCAAGUGCUGGUGCGCUAUCUGCGCAAUCCCGUGCGCAAGAUCCCUGCCGCGCAUCUCCUUGCGCCGCUUACGAGUCUAUGGAUGUCGUCGGUUCGGUGGCGGAGAGUCGAGAAUGCUACGCUCAAGGAAGCGCAUGAGCGGCUGGGGCCGAUUGUGUGUCUGGGGCCGAAAGAGGUCAGUGUGAAUUGUGUGCAAGGUGGUAUUAGGGAUGUGUAUGCGGGGGGCUUUGAGAAGAGAGAUGCGAAGAGUGGGUAUAAUUGGUAUGGAUUCUUUACGAAUUUUGGAAUUCACAACAUGUUCUCCACUGGUCUCAACAAGCCGCAUUCAGCAAGGAAGCGUAUGUUGAGCAACAUCUACAGCAAAUCUGUCGUUAAUGCAUCGCCUGCGUUGCAAGCCCAGAUGUCAGCGAUACUGUACCAAAGACUGCUUCCACGUCUUGCAUCCUUGUACUCCGGCGAAGAGGGCGUGUUCGAGGCAUCGAGCUUGUUGAACGCAAGCACCAUGGACAUUGUCACAUCUUAUAUCUUCGGGCUGAAGGCGGGCUCGAAUUUGAUCGACCAUCCAGAGCAGUUAGCGUGGUUUCUGGAUCUUUACAACUCUCGUCGCUCUUAUACGUUUUGGCCACAAGAGUUUCCGCAGCUGACGGGUUUUCUGAACAAAUGGCUCGGUAUCAGCAUGUCGCCGAGAUGGGUUGAUGGGGCGAACGCAGAGAUCGAAAAGUGGACGAGGAAGAUGUGUGACAGUGCUGCCGACGUGGUGCAACAGGGCGAGGUGAAGAUAGAGGAUGUGCCCUCGGUGUACCAGCAGCUCUCAACCGCCAUAGUAAAGGAGGCUAAGAAGAACGAUGUGGGCGAUACAGAGCUACAGUCUGUCGUUGCGAGUGAGGUGCUUGACCAUCUUGCAGCUGGCUUUGACACCUCUGGUAUUACGCUAACCUAUGUCGUUCACGAGCUCUCUACACACAUAGAGAUCCAGUGUCGACUGCAACAGGAACUACAAACGCUCUCGCCGCGACUCGUGGCCCCGUCGUCACCCGAGCUGCCCGAUCCAAAGGCCUUGGAUGCGCUCCCAGUCUUACACGCUGUCAUCUGGGAGACACUGCGCCUUCAUUCGGCGAUUCCAGGUCCUCAGCCCCGAUUCACGCCGCCACAAGGCUACCAUCUGGGCCCAAAUGGAGAGUACUUCGUGCCCGGUGGAGUGAGAGUCAGCGCGAGUGCAGGGCUACUGCAUCAGAACGAGAGUGUGUACGAGCGCGCCAACGAGUGGCGGCCGGAGCGAUGGCUGGACAUGCAGAAAGUUGACGGGGAGAGGCGAAAAGAUAUGGAGAGCCGAUGGUUCUGGCCUUUCGGCAGGUCAGUAUAUACCCUUGACUCCUGCGUGCUUCCUAGACUUAUAACUUGUAGUGGUGGACGAAUGUGCGUGGGCUCCCAUCUGGCGGUAUACCGUAAGUGUACAAUAUCCCUCUCUCAGCUCUGUCUGCCCAAUGAGCCUGAUAUUUCUUCCCUUGUGUGCCGUGUUUUGCAUUUUCGCGGCAUGAAGUCUUGAAGAGGAUUGUUGACCGGGGCCGUCUUGUCCAUAUUGGUGGCUGAUUGGCCUGAUUAAUACCACCGGCUCCUCGGGGUAAUCAAGGUGGAGACGCGGCAGCGGCGAACAUCGUCGACAAGGAAAGGCAUGCGAAAUGUUGUGCUGACACCGAUCCAGAGAUGAAGUACAUUGUCGCUGCGCUCUAUUCGACUUAUAGCACGCUCGUUGUCGAUGAUACCGGUAUUGAGCAGUCGGAUUCCUACACUGCCCCUCCAAAGGGUGAUAAGCUCAUUAUUCGUCUGGAGAAAUCAAAGUCAUGA